AUGUACGACCUGAUUAUGCCUCAUCUCUACGAACUCGGCCUUUCCACAUUAUGCAGCCAAUGGCGGGAAACCCUCUUGCGCCACCGAGAUGUGCCGAGGCCGAUAACAGCGUCGCAGCCUUUCCUUCGCUUCUUCAUGAACUAUUACCCAAAUAAGGCGCUAUGUCUGGAGGAACAAGUUGUUGUUGGCCUAGUGCCAUCGGUUUCUCACCAAUCCAAGCAUGAAUCAUCAUUAUGGGAGGCUCUCUCCGCCGACCAUGAGCAAGGAAAGGGUGGAAAAGGCCUGCGCUUCAACGAUGCCAUCGGCGCUCGAUGGUUCGCUAGCUCAUGGGUACCUCUUGAUUUCGCUGUGCACGCAGUUCACGGGCUAGGUGUCCGUGUUCUGGGUCCAAUGUCACUGCAGUCAAUUGCUCUCCGCGAGAAAACCGCCGCCUCGAUUCUUUCGCGACUUAGACAGCUCCAAAAUCUCAACCUCAGUAUCGGGCACUCAACCUACGCUCUAGCAGUUCGGAGUUUUGCGGAGAGGGGAGACGACGAUAUGCUGUCCAUGUUGCUGGAAAGCGACAUUCACCCAGAAGUUUUCGACGACCUGGAAACUCAGCAGAGGAUACGUUGUGCGGCCAGAAACGAUGGUGACUGGCAAACAUACAAUCUCUUACUUGCUAUCCAACCUGCUGUCGCCCGGGACUCCAUUGAGACAACAUCUAACCAUCUUUUGCAAGAGCAUCUCAAACAACAGCACAAUCAGCGUGCCAUUGCCUUGCUCGACGAUAUGCGCGCAAUGGAUGUCAGUGUCACUCAUGCUACUAUGCAGGUAGUUCACGAACAUCUUGUGCGCGGGCUACCAAGGCACCGCAGCUCGUUACCUGGAUCUGGCCGUCAGAUAUCCGAGAUCCUCGCCAUUGCCACAAGACUAGCAACGCGUCGAAAAUUCUUGUCAUCAGCAUUUUGGGAGAAGGCUCUUUUCCGACUUGGUGAGACUGGCCGUCUAGACGAUUUGGAGCGCUUGGCGUCCGGUAUUGUGAGGCAUUAUCAGCUUCAUGCCUCAGACACGAAAGGCUUGAUCUCUAUCCACAGAUCAGAUUCCCCGAUGACCGCACCCGAUGAUGCUUCCCUUGAUAUUCCGGCAGACUUGCCGCUCGCGCAUGACUGGCAUCCGAUUCGGAGGAUAUUCGUCAACCGUGUGCUUCAAGCAGCUAUCAUCCGGUGGGGCUUUCGAAACGGACUGAACAAACCACAAGGUUCUCUUCAAUCACAUAACACUGAAGUCACUGUUUCCAAAUUCUGGAUUGCUCGAGGUGUCCGGCUGCUCAGGGUCCUGCGAGAUCAAGGUAUCCCUAUCGAGGCCGCCUUGGUUCGAGCGGAGGUCCUUCAUUGCAUUGCUCGUUAUUGCAUCCGCAGCCACAACGAUGCUGGGACUGAUGGUGCAGAGGAAACAGAUUUGGCCACAAUUCGAAAGCUUUUCAAUCAAGCCUAUGGUGGGCCGCUGCUGCCCGAACCUUUGGAGUUACGGGAUUUGGUGAACCAAGCCGAACGACAACUACCCGACAACACCAAAACCUUCAAAUCGAUACCCGGCUGGGACAGGAAGAGACGGGCCAAACCCUUUAUAAUGUAA